AGUUCUGUGAUCACCCUCCGCUCGUGCAGCUGCCUCUGUACCCUUUCUCCUCAUUUUACAAGUGUCGCAUUAAUUGGUUAUUGACACUAACCCGCAAUAGUGAGAAUUAACAUUGUGCCGUUGGAUGUAGUUUUGUGCUUCGUUGGAUGUUUGUGAUAGAGCUGAUUAAGGUGGAUUUCAGUCAUCUGAUAAGUUAGCGGUUAUAGCUAUGAGCGUAGCGGAUACUGAUACGGGUGCAAUCCGCGGUUGGGGCUGCACGCCGACCAGUGACUCGCCUGCGGCCACUUCAGACGAGCAAACUAAACCCACAUGUCUACCUACAGUGCUGCACAGAGGAUGGCGGAGAACUGCUCUUUACUGUAUUAUAAUGUUUCUAAUGAUAACAGUUUUUUUAAAUAUUGGAUUAACGCUGUGGAUUAUCAGUGUUUUAAGGCUAAGUGUGACAGGUAUUGGUCCCAUCAAAAUAGUAAAAGGUGGUAUACAAGUGGCGGGACAAACAUGGAUCACGAAGAACCUCGUAGCGUCAACAAUUACGUCGCAGCCCGCUCAGCCCAUCACCCUGCAUUCCCACCGCAAUUUCAGCAUACUCGUCUCCGAGCCUAAUCAAGCAGAACAUGCCAAGCUGCUGAUAAAACGAGAUAGUAUAGAAUGCACUGGGCAAUCUUUCCAAGUGAAUGACGCCAGAGGACAGAGUGUCUUUCAAGCCUCUCGUGAUGAGGUUAAGGUGUUCUCAGACAUCUUUGCCGUCGACGGAGUAGGUGGUCUAGCCGUCAAGAGUGCUGUACAAACGCCUGUUUUGAAAGCUCCUUAUGGUUCAAAUUUAAUAAUGGAAUCUUCAACAAGAAGUCUAGACCUCAAAGCACCGCAGUCUAUAAACAUAGAAAGCAGAGCAGGCAGCAUUGACGUAACAUCACUUAGCAACAUUACAUUGCAUUCAGAAGCUGGUGCUAUCAGAAUUGAGGCCUCAAACAUACAAAUUAGUAAUUUAAAGCUAGUGAAUACAACGGAGAACCCGAAACACGGCACGCGCUAUGCAAAAGUAUACCAACUAUGUGCCUGCGCAAGUGGAAAGCUGUUUCUCGCGGCGUCAGACACGCAGUGCGAGGCCCGUGAAGACGAUAAGGAUCUAUGUCGAUGAUAAAUAUCAUCACAGCCCUUUAUAAAGUGUGUCAUGCAUUUUACUAUUUAACGCUCUAUAACUACACAUAUUUACAGGAGUGGUUAUUUGUUAUAAAAGGCUGCAAAGUUGCUGUUUGACGCGAGUGCUGGUGUUGAAACCUGAGCAAGCGAAGGAUACUAAGAUUGAAUUUCAAAAAUAGAAUCCUGAACGUAGCGAGGGUUUCAAGCCACGAAAACAACUUUGCUGCUAAGCGAAAUACACGUGAUAUUUUCACCUCAUUAUAGCAUGGAAAAUGGUAGAUGAAAGAGAAACAGUUUACUAUAACAAAUCAUUUUAAUUCAUUCAUACAUCAAAAAUAAUCUCAUAAACAAAAUUAGUUAUCGUUGCCAAUUUAAUGUCAACAUUAAUAAGAACAAAAUAUACCAAUUAUAUUAUAUAAAUAAUGUACGACAAAUCGCGUAGUCCAACGUGUCGUUAUGUUUUUAUUUUUCCAUCGAAGGAAAAAUUUACGAGCACCACAGGCCAUCGUCAAGUUCGAACAGUUCGAAUUUCAAAAACCUUUUCCACUCUAGCGUGCAGAUUUUUAAUAAGAAGGAAAGCCUUUCCGAGCUAGCGAGGUGAAAAAAAAUUUAUAGCCCACCGACUAAAACUAUCCAAAAAAUUUUAUGAACUUUCCUAUUGGUGUUCAGAAUUGUAGUGGAAAUCUAAGAAUUAAAUAUAUAUCUCACAGACAGUAUACAAAUUAAAAUAUACAAAAUAUUAGACCUGAGUCAUGUUUUGCUUUAAAAAAUAAAGAUAUUUUACGUCGAAUUUAAUUAAUCACUUGAAAGGUCAUCGUAUGGUGACUUUAUGUUAUUCGUGUUACUUACAAUAUAUUUACGUUAGAUGACAUUUUUCAGAUAUUAUAGCGCACUUCAUGGUAGAGAACAUCGAGAACAAAUAUCUGAUUUCAUAAAAUCACUGUGAAACUCUACCCGAAUACUC